AUGAACAAUAGUAUUAAUAUAUCAACACUAUCUUAUAAUUUGAUACAAGUUCAACAAAAUAUGACGUGGUCAAUGAUGAUAUUUCUUAUAUUUGGUACUAUUGGAAAUAUAUGUAAUUGUUUUGUAUUUCUUCAAAAAUCACUUCGAUCAAAUUCAUGUUCACAUUAUUUAUUAAUAUCAUCUAUAGCUAAUACGUUAGCUUUAAUAUUUUCUAUUCCAACAGGUAUUUAUUCUGUUGCACAAAUAAAUCUAACAUCAUAUUCAUUAAUUUUUUGUAAAUUACGUCUUUAUAUAUAUCAUACAUUAUUAAUGAUUUCACGUUAUUUAAUUAUAAUUGCAUGUAUAGAUCGAGCUUGUGUAUCUUCACGUCGAGUAUCUAUUCGAAAUUUUAGUCAAAUACAUAUAGCACGAAUAUUAAGUUGUAUGACAAUUAUCAUUUGGUUUAUAGCAACUAUACAUAUACCUAUUAUGAAUACAAUAGAAUUAGAUUAUUGUAUUAUGCCUGGUACAUAUAGUCUAAUUUUUAGUAUUUAUGCACUUAUCUUUGCAGGUAUUAUUCCUCCAGUAUUAAUGAGUAUAUUUAGUUUAAUUACAUUAUAUAAUUUACAUUCAAUUCAUGUUCGUAUUUCUACUACAAGUACACAAGUAAAUCAUCGUAUACGUCAACGUGAUUUUCAUUUAAUUCGUAUGUUAACAGCACAAGUUUUUGUUUAUAUAUUAACAACAACACCAUAUCCAAUAAAUACUGUUUAUGCUGCAGUGACAGCUCGUACUAAUAAAAGUAUGGAUCGACAAGCUAUUGAAUCAUUUAUUUAUUUUAUUACAAGUUCAUUUCUUCUUUUUAUUAAUCCAGCAGUAUCAUUUUAUAUUUAUAUUGCAACAACAAAAGCAUUUCGAAAAGAAUUAAAAUUAGCGUGGAUAAAUCUUCGUCAAAAGAUCUUUUCUAGACGACAAGAAGAAAGUAAAUAA